GUUGAGGCGCGUGGUACCUGGAUUCUAGGAACUUUACCUUUAAGCAUUUUUCGUAUGAAGCAUAUGUUUCGAGGCUCAUUUUCUCUCCUUAACUGCCUUCAGGGUUGCAAAUGCCCUUAGUCCUAGCGCGCUGGGUCUCCCCAAUGUCACGGUUCUAGUCUUUACCUAGCAGCCCCUGUGAGUAGCUGGCAGAUUUGAAGGUAGGUUCAGGCCGCUUUGGUUUUACAAGUUUUGAAUUCUCUGGUUGCUAUUUCCGUGCCCCCAGAGCCCUAGACUUUUAUUCAUUUACGAGACAAGAAAGCCUGGUUGGCUUUCCUCUGUGCCAGAGGUGUUUCAGCUCUAACCUGAUGCUCGCUGGACCGGCUUCCUGGGCAUCACCUGGGAUCUGCGAGAAACACGGGAGCUCGGGCCCCACCCCAAACCUACCUCAGAACCCUGCGUUUCAAGGACAUCCCCAGGGAGUCGCGGGCACAUUCAAGUUGGAGAAACACUGCCAAACUCUGCCUGCAGUUGAGCACAAAGACCUGGAGGAGACUCCCACAUCCUUCGGGGGGAAGAAAGGAGGCAGCUAAGCAGAUUAAAGGAACUUGUGGCUUGUGGCCUUUUGGAAAGGGGGAAAGUGAAUUAGAGGCCCAGUGCGAGUUAAUGAGCUGUGAGAUGAGGCGCCGCUGCUGCUGCUGCUGACACCCAGGUUCCAGGCUCCGUCCGCUGCCCUUUGUGCUUCAUGUACAUGUGUCUAUUCAGCGCAUCCGGAGGCGCCCAGACCAGAAUCCAACACGGCUGCCGGGGAGAGACCACCCACCAUGCCCACGGAGACCCUACAGACAGGUAGCAUGGUGAAGCCGGUCAGCCCCGCGGGCACCUUCACCUCGGCGGUCCCCCUGCGCAUCCUCAACAAAGGGCCCGACUACUUUCGCAGGCAGGCCGAGCCCAACCCCAAAAGACUCAGCGCCGUGGAGAGGCUGGAAGCGGACAAGGCCAAGUAUGUCAAGAGUCAGGAGGUCAUCAAUGCCAAGCAGGAGCCCGUGAAGCCGGCCGUGCUGGCCAAGCCCCCCGUGUGCCCGGCCGCCAAGCGCGCCCUGGGCAGCCCCACGCUCCGGGUGUUCGGCAGCCACGCCAAGACCGAGAGUGGCGUGCAGAGGGAGAACCUGAAGCUCGAGAUCCUGAAAAACAUCAUCAACAGCUCCGAAGGCUCCAGCUCGGGCUCGGGGCACAAGCACAGCUCCCGGAACUGGCCGCCCCACCGGCCAGACUCCACCGACCUGCAUCGGCACUCCUUCGCCGAGUCCCUGAAGGUGUACCCCACGCAGGGCCGCGGCAGCCCGCAGGAAGGCGGCUCCCACGUGGGCAGGAGGCUCCUGGAGCAGUCGGCCGAGUCCUUUCUCCAUGUCUCCCACAGCUCCUCGGACAUCCGCAAAGUGACCAGUGUGAAGCCCCUAAAAGCGAUCCCCUGCAGUAGCUCCGCCCCUCCUCUGCCUCCCAAACCCAAGGUCGCGGCCAUGGCCACCGUGAAGUCCCCUGAAGCCGACCCGGGGGAACCAGCCUGCGGAGUCAGCCGGAGACCCUCGCUCCAGCGGUCUAAGUCGGACUUGAGUGACAGGUAUUUCCGCGUGGACGCAGACGUGGAGAGGUUCUUCAACUACUGCGGACUGGACCCCGAAGAGCUGGAAAACCUUGGAAUGGAAAACUUUGCAAGGGCUAAUUCCGACAUCAUCUCCCUCAACUUCCGCAGCGCAAGCAUGAUCAGCUCAGACUGCGAACAGUCUCAGGACAGUAACAGUGACCUUAGAAAUGAUGACAGUGCCAAUGACCGGGUGCCAUAUGGCAUUUCUGCCAUCGAAAGAAAUGCUAGGAUCAUCAAGUGGUUAUAUAGCAUCAAACAAGCUAGAGAGUCACAGAAGGUCUCCCACGUGUAAGACAAAGUGCGCGCAAAGGAGGGAGGGGUGGGUCUCUGUCUGUGCAUCCGCAGUAGUGAAGGUUGUGAGGUCUCCUUGAAGUGUUGUGAGCUUCUCCACUCUCUUUGUGUUGCUUGUUGUGCAAUGUUUCCAAGUUGCAUGCCUGUCAACAUGGGGACUGACCUGGCUUCCACGUGAACCAUCGCUGCAGAGCCUGGCUGAACACAACGUCGUCUGCCAAGAGUUUCAGGCCAGAAUCCGAUUAGGGCUUCGAUCUUAAGCAAAACUGUUUACACGAAAAACGGUAUACAACUUCUUCAAUAUUUAUGUGGUUCUUGUGUUUUUAUAUCCCGCGCUCUUGUGUCUUAAUUAAAAGUUUUAUCAACUGGCUUUUAAGUUGAGAGUAGAAUCUUUUUGAAAUAAAAAGCCAAUUUGCCUACAUGUGAGCCCGAAACAAUGGGGAAAAAACCAGUGGGAUCUGCUACCAAACAGAUACAGUGACUGACCUAAGAUAGAGAACCACGCUGGGUUUUCUGAGGAAGAAAGCGGUGAGCCUGAUGUUAAAUUAAUCAUUUGCAUAUUGGAAUUCUCCUGCCACUUACUAAAGUGAUGGUUGGGGCAACAGUGCUACGUUUUGUGUCCGAUUAAGUGUGUAAAUGUUGGUGCUCUGUGUAAUACCCCAAGGAAAGACAAUCAGAAACAAUGAAGGUGAUUAAAUCUAGGAGUUUGGGGGUUGGGGGUUUUGUUGAUGUUGUUCUCUGAUUUGGGUUGAUUCCGAAAUUUCUACUAUUAAUCUUUUGACGGGAAUGGCCAUCCUAAAGCUGAUACUAAAUGUCUUAAAAAAAGAAAAAAAAGUUGUUUGUCUUUUUGAUCAAGAACUAAUUCUAUGCUGACUCUUCCCUCUCUCCUUCCCUCCCUGUGUUGUUGAUUUAUUUGGGAGAGGCGGGUGGGGCUUGUGCGGGCGUGAGCUAUCCGAAGACAUGAACACAAAUGGAAAUACCAGCCAUAUCAGUAUAGAGCCUCCCAUUCAAAAGCGAAUACCUUUCGUAGCCGAACCAUAUCUGAGCAGUGCGAUCGUGUUGUCUUGCAUAUGUUAUUCUUUCAGGCUGUGGACCUUUGUUACAGCUCUAGGAAACUGUAGAAACAUGAUGCUUUUCCACCCUUUGGUCUCUAGUGCUGCAUAUCGACUCGUUCCCGUUUUCCCCAGUAACCUGUCUUGCAGGUGCGUCGUUAGCUGUGGACCAGCUGACGGUGGUGUGUGGUAGCCGAGAGGUAAAAACGUGUAGCGGUCUGCUUCAUUGCUCCGUACUCAUGCUCUGAAGUUCUCAGCCGCACUACCUUAGACUUCAUCAGCUAAUGGGGAACUUUUUAUGGUGUAAAUGCUGUAAGACUUUGUACAUACUUCAGUUGUUACGAAAUCUUUAAGAAAAAAGAAAAAGUUACGCUAAUAAAUAGCUCUGGUGCAGGCACUAA